AUGGUGGUCGGCAGCGACGACGCGACCACCAUAAUCAACAGCGUGCUUUCGGGUUACGGGCUGCCGACGCUCAAGGCAUCAGCGGGUUACAAGGUGUGGGACGAGUUUGCAGAUGAGUACACAUUCGAGACCGCCGACAAGAUCGCGGUGGAGGUGCUCGGCAUUCCCGAGGACGGCGACCUGGCGACUGCCGCGGUGACGGCCGCGGUGCUGCCUGGCGGGGGCCGCCUGACGCAGGACGAUCUGCUCACGCUGCCGCCCAAAAGUGACGUCAAAGUGACGUCACUCACGUUGGACGGGCAGGAGUACACAUACCUCGAGUUCCCCUCAGAGACGAUCACGAGAUCCGGGUACCAGAUACGGCGGCAAAAUUUUGCGGUGGCGGCCGUGAAGCGGGGGAAGCUGUACACCAUCGCGGCCAGCGCGCGGGGCGAUCAGUACAGCGAGGCGAAGCGGCAGCUGCUGCAGCACGUGGUGGAGUCGUUCCGUGUUCGCUGA